CGCGAAAGUUAUCAAGCCGAUAGGAACCAGGAUGAGAACAGAUGUGCUGUUUUUAUUUGUUUAUGCAAAUAAGAAUUUUGGUUCGCCCGUAAGGCUUUUAUUUUGAAGCAGAUUAUGAAAUAGUGAUCACCUGUCUUGCCUCAGAAGCCCCACAGGUCAACAUCACUGCCGCUUAAACGCUUCUCAUCUUGCUAGUUGCACUUGUCUUAUUGGAAACCAGGACAAGAUAUUAGUUUCGCUAGCUGGCGGACUGAAUGGAGGAAAGCGAGAUAAGGAACCGAGCCGAUCCGGGCCAUACCAUGCCAGGUGGAGAUAAAAGGGACAGUAUGACCCAGACUGAAAGCAGAAUAGGCCUACAGGGUCAUGGCCCCAGGCUAUCAAAGGUAAACCUGUUUACCUUGUUGAGCUUAUGGAUGGAGCAGUUCCCACAGGAGCAACGUCAAGAGGAUCACCACAGUGAGAUCCGCAGGAUGGGUCUGGUGGUGGUGCGGGACAGUAAGGUGGUGGGACUCCACUGUUCAGGACCCGAGCUCCACGCAGGACAGGCAGCCAUUAUCCACCAUGGCGCCUGCCUGGCUGACUGUCAGUUGUACUUUUCUAGGAGACCCUGUGCCACCUGCCUCAAAAUGAUCAUCAAUGCUGGAGUCAGUCAGAUCUCCUUCUGGCCCGGAGACCCCGAGGUCAGCAUGCUGAGGUCCACCUCUGCAAAGCACUCAAGCUCCCACAGUCCACCUGAGUGCAUCACAGAGGAUGCUGCGUUGGACGCCGUGGCAGCGGAGAAGCUGAAAUCCAACAGCCGUCCCCACAUCUGCGUGCUGCUGCAGCCGCUGGCGCCCGGCCUGGCGCAGUUUGUUGAUGAGACGUCCAGAGAGUGUGAUUUCAUAGAGAGAAUGAUUGAUGAUGAACCGGGGCUGAACACAGACACACUCUUCCACAGAGAGCGGACAAGGCUCCUGAAGGAUUUUUCCAGACAGCUCCUGGUCAGGACGUCUCAGCAGCACCGGGAGAUUUUGACCCACAUGGGUCUGGAGAACUUCUGUGUGGAGCCGUACUUCUCCAACCUAAGACACAACAUGAGGGAGCUGGUGGAGGUUCUGGCUACUGUGGCUGCUGCGGUGCCGCUGCAACACUACGGCUUCUACAGGGAACAGCAUUCAACCUCUGAGCCAGCACUAGCCAGCUCACUGCCUCCGCAUCACGAGGGACUAUCCCAAGAAGUGGCUCGCCAUUGCAUCAUCCAGGCCAGGCUGCUGGCUUAUAGAACAGAGGACCCUAAGGUGGGUGUGGGUGCUGUCAUCUGGGCCAAGGGACCAUCGGCUGGCAGUGAUGGAACCGGGUGUCUGUACCUGGUGGGUUGCGGGUACAACGCUUACCCAGCAGGCUCACAGUACGCAGAAUACCCCCAGAUGGACAACAAGCAGGAGGACCGGCAAAGACGCAAAUACAGAUACAUUGUCCACGCAGAGCAGAACGCCCUCACCUUCAGGACUCGACACAUCAAACCGGAGGAGCCCACCAUGCUCUUUGUAACUAAAUGUCCGUGUGAUGAGUGCGUCCCUUUGAUCAGAGGAGCCGGCAUCACACACAUCUACACAACCGACCAGGACAGGGACAAGGACAAGGGAGACAUCUCCUACCUGAGGUUCAGCAGCCUGAAGAACAUCAACAAGUUCAUAUGGCAGAGGAGCCCAACCUCUCCUCACCAUGCCAAUGGUCAUGUCGGGAAGCACAGCAGGCAGGCGGAGCAGGAGAGCCACAGCAACAAGAAGCUGUGCACCAACAAAUCCCACGACUCAACGGCUGUCAGCUGAACAUCAGCUGCGAUUGGAUGGAUGGAUGGACUGACGGAUCAAUGGAUGUACCAAAAACGACGGAAUCAUGUUUUUAGCUCUCGUGCCGCAGCUUUGAUAUUUCACGGCUGCAUCAACACAGCUAGAACUGGGAGAAAUCUGAAGAUCAAAUCUGUGGCGCACAUUCUUUGCACUUUUAUAAAUACCUGGGAUUGAUUUUGUGAACCCGAUCAUUGGUCAGUCUGUAUGUCAUCAGGACAUAAGACAUUGACAUCUUUCCUGUGUCCCUCUAUAAAAUCUGCUGCUGUAUGUUUAUGCUUUACACCAUGCUGAGUCAUAGGCAGCCAACUCUGGCAGUUUUCAGUUGGAGAUUUGUAAAGAUUUGCACCUAAAAAGCUAAAUUUGGACUACCGGAGGCGGCUUCAAAAAGGAAGUGCUAGUGGUAGGUACUAGGAGAACAGUCACCCAUAUCCUUUAAGUCUCAAAUCUAAGAAGUGAGUUAUGGCAGUGAGUUGGAGAGAUGGAAACAAACUGAAAACAAUACAACACACUGACCUCAAAGUGGAUGGAUGGAUGGAUGGAUGGAUGGAUGGAUGGAAAGCACGUGGAGGUUGGAUGAAAAGAACAAGGCUAGGAAAUAGGGAUACCCCC